GCUAAAAUUAUAAGGUUACAUAAGUUGAGAAAAUUAAAUUGAAAUUAGUAAACAAUCUUAACCAUUAUUUCGAAACAUAAACAAAAAAACAUUGACCUACAAGACUCCAACCCAAAUAUUCGCUUACCUCACUUUUUACAUCUCAUGCAUAUCUUAAGUUUAAUCAAUAAUCCAAAUUUCAGAUUCCAGAUUCUCUCUCACUCCCUCACUUUGCCUUUCUAGCCCCUCUUUAUUUUCUCUCAAUUUCUCAAAAAAAAAUUUCUUGUAAAAAAUUCUAAAAUACUUUUCAUGUUUUUCCCCCCCUGACAAUUGGUUUUUUGAGCAUGAAAUUCGGGAAAGAAUUUCGAACCCAUUUAGAAGAAACUCUACCAGAAUGGAGAGACAAAUUCUUGUGCUACAAACCCUUGAAAAAGCUGCUUAAACGAUUCCCAUAUACAAUUUCUUCUGUCAAUACUAAUACUAAUACUAAUACUAAUAAUUCUAAUAUUAAUAGUAGUAAUAAUAAUAGUAUUAAUACUCAUAGUCGUCAACUGGGUGUUGGAAAUUAUGAAGUUGGUGGGCCCAGUGUUGAGUUUGAUGAUGGUGGUGGUGGGUCCAGUCGCAGUCGCAGUACAACUGAGAGAUCCAUGACAUUGGAGGAGUUUCAAGAUUGGUUUGUUAGACUUCUCAAUGAUGAACUUGAUAAGUUGAAUGAUUUCUAUGUUGAGAAAGAAGAAGAUUUUGUCAUCCGUUUUCUGGAAUUAAAAGAAAGAAUUUUAAGGGUAAGGGAGGACAGAAGGGAUGAAAUUCCAGCAUCAGAAAGUGAAUUCAGUGAGGAAAUGAUGGAUAUACGCAAGGAGUUUGUUACUAUACAUGGAGAAAUGGUGCUUUUGAAAAACUAUAGCUCCCUCAACUUUGCAGGACUUGUUAAGAUAUUGAAAAAGUAUGACAAAAGAACAGGAGGAUUGCUGCGGCUUCCUUUCACACAACUUGCAGCACAUCAACCCUUCUUCACUACAGAACCUCUUACUAGAUUAGUUCGAGAAUGUGAGGCUAAUCUUGAGCUUCUUUUCCCUCUAGAGGAGGAAGUCACUGAAUCAACUUCUGCUCCUCGGGACCAAAACCAAGUAGAUCCUGCCGUCUCUGAUGCAACUAAUAUGCCUUCUGAUGCAUCAUCAUUAGGGGAAGCGAGCCAAGAUAUAUACCGGAGUACUCUUUCUGCAAUCAAAACCAUACAAGGCCUCCGGACAAGUUCAACCUAUAAUCCGUUGUCCUUUGCAGUGAUAUUUAGGGACCAAAAUGAUGAAGGUAGUGGAGCUGUAACUAAUGAGAACUCUCCUUCCAACAGUAGCCAUGCACCACCAUCAGAGAAUGAGGAAACUGUUGACCAAGCUGAUGCUGGUUUGACUCCAUGAAUGUUGGAAAGCCUGCAGCUUUUUGCUAACAACUUAGUGUAACUCCCCAGCAGAUGGAGCCUCUGUACCAUUGAACACAACACAUACUGAACAUUUGGGCAAAACCCUAAAUGUUGAACAGAAACAGCUUUUGUUUUGUGUAUUUUUUAAUAUAGCCACGCUGCAUCAUAAUUACAAGUUAGCAAACUAUAGUGAUGACAACAAUGAAACUGCUUCCAAAUAUUAGUGGAUGCUAUGUUAUAACUUUGUUCUCAGUCGGAUAUCAAUGUAGUUUUAAUUUAUGUUCAGCUGAGAUUUUUUUUC